CUGGGAGUUGAAGGCCAAAACAUCUGGAGACCAACAGGUUGAGAACCACUGCUCUAACCCAAUACUUGGUCUCACUGACAGAUUAGACUUCCUGUCACUAUAACAUUUCUUAGUGUUUUGCUAGUGAUUGGGAAUAAAUGACUUCUGGAUUUUAGUUGGAGAGGUUUGCUGGCUAGAAAUUGCAUUAUAGUCCCAGAGACACUUCCUUCCCAUGAGCAACACAGCAGUUGAAUGUUCUUAUAUACAGUUCUGAACUACAUUCAUGAUGUAGCAAAUUGAUCCUGUGAAUAUUUUGUCAUGCUCCCUCUCUGAGCCUGGCUAGGUGUUUGUAAAGGCACAGUAAGAGAAGGUGGACUUGUGAGAGGAACGAGUAAGGAAGUACUCGUACAUAAAUAACUCUUUUGUCAUGGCCUCUGUUUUGCAGCCACACAAACCACUUAUCCCAUGAGGAUGCUUGUGCAAGCUCUUCUAAAUGCUGUAACUCAUCAACACAUUUCUGUUUUAAAGGAUUUGACUUGUUUCGUUAGUAAUAGCUCCUGAAUAAACUUAGAGAUUGUGGGAUAAGAAAAGGGAUGCUCUUAUGGUUCAAUAACAGUCAAAGAAUUGGAAGCAGAGAAUGUCAUAAUGGAAAAGUGUUAAGAGUGAGGUUCUUGAGACUGGUGAAGUUUUAGCCUUCUCAUAAAUGAGCUUUCCUUUCUUUUCCUUCCUUCCCUUCUUUUUCUCCUUUCUUCCUUUCUUUCACUUUUCUUUCUCUUUUUCUUUCCUCCCUCCCUCCCCCCUCUCCCCCUUAUACAUACAUCACCAAGAAACAGCCAAUCUACUUCACUCCCUUUAUUUCCCACUCACAUGACAGAGGGCCACUUCACCUUGCUAUGGACAAUCAUUUUCAUUCCUUCUGCUCUGGGCACAAAAGAAGUAUUUGGUGUUUUUUUUAAGUUCAAACCCCUCAAUUAUUUUACAUUGGAUAAUGAAGGAUCUCUGUGAAGUUUGGGUCAAAUCAUCAAGCCACAUAGGAGCCUUUGUGGAACAAACCAGCAAACCAACCAACCAACCAACCAACAUACAUACAUACAUACAUACAUACAUACUUUGACAGAUAGAUAGAUAUAGUAACAUUGUUGUUGUUUAUUCGUUCAGUUGCUUCCAACUCUUCGUGACCUCAUGGACUAGCUCACCUCAGAGCUCCCUGUCGGCCGUCACCACCCCCAGCCCCUUCAGGGUCAAACCAGUCACUUCAAGGAUACCAUCCAUCCAAUAAUAAUAAUAAGACUAAAUGUUUUUAUGAUUUCUUAGCUAAAAUAUUCAAUUAUAUUUAAACAACUCAUAAUUGCAAUUACAAUAUCAUGUUUCAAACAUUUUGAUAUUAUUUUUGCUACUUAACUAAGUACUAAAGCUAGAGGCAAAAUCUCAAUGAAUCCAAUUUCAAAUUAUUCUGUCUCAAAAGUAACCAAACAGCUGGCAUAGAGCUGGAAAAGGAAAAGAAAUCAAUGUGGUUGUAGCAACUCCCAAUGCACAUAGCUAUUUGGAGCUAUUUCAUUUGUAUAAAGGAUGAGUAAAGGAGAAUUUCAUGAGGGUUUAUAAAAUUCUCUGUGGCAUGCAGAAAGUCAUAAUCUGCAGUAAGCCGGCUUCAGUCCUGAACUGGGAAAAAGAAAAUAAUAAUGUGCUCUGUUUCUAUUAAUAUUAGUAUCGAGCCUCAUCCAGCAGAUCUGAAUAGUGAGAAAUGCAAAAUACAGAAAAGGAGUGCUUUAAAGUGAAAUUUGUUAUCACAAGUGAUGCCCACCAAAUUCAGAUGGCUCUUUGGGGGUAAACUAGACACAUUCAUGGUCAGAUUGGUUAUCCUUUAUAAGUGAGGUAUUUAUUUAUUGUAUCAGAAGUGAAACCGAGAGUACAGUUGUAAUGCAUUUAGAAACACAGACAAAGUUAAACACUUGGCUUUAUACUAGAUUUCCUUUGACCAGAAGCUGGCCAUUUGGAGUGCCUCUGGUGUCGCUACGAGAAGGUCCUCCAUUGUCCAUGUGGCACGGUUCAGACCGCAUUGUAGUAAGCAGUCUCUGGUUUGCUCUUCCCCACAUUCGCAUGCCACAGACUUCACUUUGUAUCCCCAUUUCUGAAGAUUGGCUCUGUACCUCGUGGUGCCAGAGCGCAGUCUGUUCACUGCCUUCCAUGUCGCCCAGUCUUCUGUGUGCCCAGGAGGGAGUCUCUCAUCCGGUCUCAUCCAUGGAUUGAGAUUCUGGAUUUUAGCCUAUCACUUUUGGACUCUUGCUUGCUGAGAUGUUCCUGCGAUUAUUUCUGUAGAUCUUAGAAAGUUAAGAAAGGUGAGUUGGCUUUUCCUUUAUUGUACAGCUUAGCACAUUUGAACUGUGCAUUAACUUUUCUAAUUCACUGCUCACAUCUAAAUCCAAAUCAUUUAUGGAAAAAAAUUAAAAGCACUGGACUAAUACAUAUAAAAUUUUAUCUCGUGAGCAAUCACAACUAAAGCAGGAAUACAGUGUUUAUGCCUCGGACCUAUCACAUGAUAUUGUUUCUGUCUAGGAUCUAGGGCAAAACAAGUACUCAUGCAACGCACUCAUGAUAUCUAUGCUCAAUUGGACCUAGCAAGUAUAGGUAGGUCUUCUGCCACAAAGUUUUUAGCCUCCCACAAAAUGAAUACUCAUUUAGAACACUAUCUGACUAUUCCAGUUCCAUUGCCCUUAAGAAGAAUAUACACCAGGGCCAGGUUUGAACAACUCGGUAUUAUGAUGCAAACUGGUCGCUACUGUAACAUCCCAAGAAAUGAGAGAUUCUGUGUCUGGGGAGAUCAAAAAGUAGAAGACAUCGAACAUUUUUUGAUUGACUGCCCAGCAUAUGCCGAACUUCAACACAGAUAUUUACAUCCAUUACUAUCUAAUUUUAGGUCUCACAACAGAAAUGAUCUUCUGACAGUCCUCUUGCAAGGACAAGAAAGAUCCACCAUAAUUAGAGUCAGCCUCUUUACCCUGAAAGCUAUCAAGAAAAGAGCACAUUUCCUGAAAGAAGAAGAAUCAGGAAAAUAAGAUUUUGUCAGCAAACAGAUGGUCAGCUGCCUGUCCUCCCAUCCUUUUUGCCUUGUUUUUAUUUAUGUUGCACUUUGAAAUGGUCAUAUGACUGGUCAAACAAAUAAAUUAUUAUUAUGAUAUUGUUUCUGUCUUACCACUCUGUCAGUGGGAGACCAUUGGAAGGGGUUUCUUUUAUAAAAGGGGGUCAUUAAAAGACUAUUUCAGUCUGUAAAAGAAGACUGUUUCCUAGAGGGAAAUGAGUGACAUUAUGUCAUAAACUCUAGAGAUAGCCUACACAGCAAUCUAUAUUAAAAUAGCUUAAAGGAAACCUAGUGAAUGAUGCAUAGUUAAAACCACAAGAAAUAAAGGAUGAGUGCAAGCUCUAGAAGUCCCUUCAAUAGUUGCCCUGUGUUUUUGCUCCUGUAGUUCUAUUUUACUUGGCCAGAAGAGGUAAAUGAAAUGGCUUUUAACUAAACUGAAAUGCUUCCCUAUGGAAAGAAAAAUAAAUCUCUGUAUAUAAGAAAUAUUAUGCCUUAGAACAAAUCAACAUAGCCUUCUUCACAUUUUAUUUUAUUUUAUAGGAUCUUCUGGAUACAGAUUCUGUUGAAGAACAUAACAGAUCUGAAAUUGAAAGGAUGGUAGCCCAGGACUAUAGCUAUGGUGUGAACAUGGAUGUGCACACACACAAACAUAAAAUGAGGCCAUUGCUCACCCCAGUACGACUUUUCCUUUUGUCCAAUAACAUUUUCCUUCAGUCUUUUAAUUUCUUAACAAUACAGUGACUCAUUUUCACUCUCACUUUCUGGAAUGCUUAAAAUUUGGGAACUGAAGGGAAGUUUCAUGGGAAAAGGCAGAAUUGUUAUUGGAAGGUCAAUGCCCUCAUUUUGCUCUCUCUGUAGCUGCCUCCUUCAGCCUCUCUCUCUCCUGGCAGCGUCUCUGUUUCUCCAUGCGUGUGUAUUUCAUGCAAUCUACUUAAAGGAACAAACUUGAGGGAGGGGCAGUUCCUGUAACAGCAUAUCUCUUAUAAAAAGAUCUUCUCCUUAGAAGUUGUACCGCUUCUCUGAGUCAAGGUUUUAUUUAUUUUGACUGACAUGAGUUCAAGUCCCAGUGGCACCUCCAAGAUACCUUCUUUACUCUUAUAAGGUAAAGUCUUCUGGUGAUAAUCCAUCCCCGGGGAUCUGACAAAGAAAAUGUCAGGUGCUCUUCCUGCUUUGCAUAGUUAUCUGGUCAUAGUUCUAAAAGGAGCAGGAGGGGAAUAUGCCUUGGAGGCUUUUAAAAGGUUCCAACCUGAAGGAGGUUUAUUAAAUGUUCACUGAAGAAAGGAAGAAAUGGAAAGCUACUUAGGUCUUUAUUAUGGCAUGAUAGUCUGAGCUGCAAAGACUGAAUGUGAGAUGUUGGGUCCCCUCCUCUCAUGGUUAUGUUUCUAAAAGAGCAGACAGAGCUACACAGUAUAACACGGGACUCUGCCAAAAAUAACAUUCCUGUGCCAAGUUCUCACCACCACCACCACUACCCCAAUAAGUUUAAUCAACAUUGUGUUACCACAACAUGCAGUUUUCUGCCUUGGGAGAAUGUGCAAUGUCAUGAGCAUAUAACAUUUGGUAAGUGAAGCUUUGUAAUAUCUCUAAUUUAAAAUUAGAGCUCAGGAAAAUUACUUUUUGGAAUAAAGUCCUUCAUAUUCCUCAUCCAACAUAGCCAGGUCAGUGACAUUCAAAAAAGUAACUUUCCAAAGUGAAUUGAACAGAGAGUAAGCUGCACAUGUCUUACCUCUGUAGAUCCCCCCCCUCCCCAAUAAGUACCUAAAGACAACUUUCGUAUGCCCAUUGCUAUAAGCCACACAUUGAGUUCUAUACUGGAAGAGAAGUGGGCUAUACAUUAAAUAAAACCAACUUAAGAUUUGUCAUUGUCAUGUCCUUUUCACAUGUCUCAAGCACGAGCCACUUUAUAUUCAUUAUAUUUGUCAGCAUGGAUAAAUUUUGUUAACAUUGAUAAGCACAUUGCGGGCUUACAUGUGAGUUGAAGGAGGGAAAGUCACACCGUGUUAGGGCACUGUCUGAGACAUGUAGCAUUUCGCUUUUAGGUAACUAUUGGUUUUGCCUGGAGGGUUUGUCUUUUUUAUACUGCAAGUACAUGGAACUGUUGAACCUGCAGAAAUGGAUGUAACCACAUAGCCCACAAGGGGCCAGUGUAUAUUUAAAGUCUGAACUACACAGAACCAUAUUUGAGCUGUGGGACCCAGCUGUCUUCCAGAGUCUGCCAAGACUCUUUAGCCACUUCCCAUCUGCUACCGGACUCAGAAGAACUCACUGAUGCUCCAGAAACCUUUCAUAAUAGAGACCACCAACAGCCUUCACUGCCAGAAAAAGAAAAGCUCAGAAAACCACUGUAGUUGGUAAAAAGCUCCAACAAUCCACAUUAUGGCAACUGCAGUCAUGCAAAUGCAAUCUCAGGUGCAAAGCACCAUGGAGAUCUCCAGCUCCAGUUCCAGCUCAGUGAGUCACAUGUCUCACACGACCAAAAUUGUGGGAGAUGAGGUGGUUUCUCAAAAAUCCUCUUCCGUUGUGGAGUCCUUUAGCAUGAUCUCUCGCUCUGUUGAGAUACCUGCAGGAGAGAGCAUCCCAGAAUUUGUGGAAAAACCCCGUCCCCUAACAGCCACUGAAGGGGACAAAGCUGUCUUUCGGGCCAAAGUGAAAGGCAACCCCAAACCCACUGUAACAUGGAAAAGAGAAAGUGGAAUACCAAUCAAGGAAGGAUCGAAGAUGUUUUUUGACAGCAUCAAUAAGGAAUACAUCCUUAAGUUGGAAAACCUGGGAUCAGAGGAUGCAGACAAUUACAAGUGUAUGGUCGCCAAUGAUCAUGCAGAAAUUAUCUAUACUGUGUCCUUGAGUAUAACUGAAAGCCAAGAAAAACUGGAUUUCAAAAAAAUGUUGAAAAAAAGAGGGCCUCCAGCUCCAAAGAAAAAAGAGAAGAAGGUGGUGGAUGAAAAGGAAAUGCUAGAGAUUCUCUCCAAGGUACCCAAGAAAGACUUUGAGAAGGUCUGCAUGGAAUAUGGCUUCACAGACUUCAGAGGACUUCUUAAAAAACUGAAGGAAAUGAAGAAAAAAGUUGAAGUUGAGGCUAUAAAAAUUCUGAAACCCUUGGAGGAUGUUUCUGCUAAGGUGGACUCGACAGCAAUAUUUGACUGCAUUUUAGAACUCAGGGAUGCUAAUACGAAAAUGAUAUGGAUAAAGGAUGAUGAACCUUUGCGUCUCCAGUAUUCUCUAGGAAAAUAUGAAAUGAAACAGAUGGGCACUAAGUAUAUGCUCUACAUCAGCAAUGUGACCGAAAAGGACAUGGGUGUAUACACUCUAACUGUAGGCGAUAAGCAACUCUCUGCAAGAUUGCACGUAAUAGAUGAGCCUCUGACGUUUCUGGCAGACCUGAAACCUUUAAAAAUAACAGAGAGGCAGACUGCUAUCUUUGAGAUACGUCUUUCCAAAAAGGUGCCCAAUUUUGCCUGGAAGUUCAAUGGGAAAGAGCUGAAGCGAGAUGACAAGUAUGAAAUCAUCACAUCAGAAGAUGGCCUAACCCACACACUGAAAAUUAAAGAUGCUCGUCCAAGUGACAUGGGUCUUGUCAGCUUUGAAACUGGAGAUCUAGUAACCAAGACUGAACUUUUUAUUCAGAGAACACCAAUUAAGUUCAUCAGGAAUCUGAAGAAUGUCCGAGUGAAAGAGAAGGGAAAAGCUUCCCUGGAGUGUGAAUUGACAACUAAAGAUGUUACUUUGAAAUGGAUGAAGAAUGGGAAGGUGAUCGAGAGGUCUAAAAAAUUUACCAUGAUCCAUGAAGGGAAGACUGCAGAGCUGAUCAUUGAUGAUGCUGAUCAGAGUGACACAGGGGAAUAUAUGGUGGUUGCCAUGCAAGAGAAUGACCCCACUGAAUAUUACAGCAAUUGUAAUGUGACAGUAGAAGAGAGAUUUGCUACUGUCAAGAGCGGCUUGUCAGAUGUCCAGGCAGCAACUGGGGACCCAGCUGAGCUCUCUGUUGUCCUGAAUGAUGAGAAAGUAGAAGGUGUUUGGUUGAAGGAUGGAAAAGAGAUUACAGAUAUGAGAGGAAUCCAGAUCAUCAAGCAAGGGGCUGUUCACAAAAUCAUCAUUGACAAGAUGGGGGAGGAAUUUGAAGGGAAGUACACCUUCAGAGCAAAAGGGGCCGAGAGUGAGGCCACUGUUAGCAUUGCAGAUCCACCUUAUAUUGAUCCAUCUGUACUGGAAGCUUUAGCUGCUCACCCAGUGACUGUGAAAGCAGGACAGACGGCUUACAUCAAGGUACCUUUCAAGGCCAAGCCCUUGCCCAAAGUUACUUGGUUUAAGGAUGGCGUUGAGGUGACUGAAGAAGACAGGGUAAUGAUGGAAAGGACCAAUGACCAAGCCCUGCUCACCAUCAAGAACUGUGUGAGAGAAGACAGUGGAGCUAUCAUGCUGAAGCUGAAAAGUGACUGUGGAUCAGCCAUCGCUCAUUUGCACCUCAAUGUCAUUGACAAACCAAAACCACCACAAGGGAAAGUAGAAUUCCUGGAAAAGACAGGGAAGUGUAUCAAAAUGAAAUGGAAAGCACCCAAAGACAAUGGCGGCAAGCAGGUGACCCACUUCAUUAUUGAGCGGAAGGUGGUUGGGAAGAGGUCCUGGAUCAAAGUUGGGGAAGUUGACAGCAAGCAGACCACAUUUGCUACAGAUAAGGUGGAAGAAGGGAAAGCCUAUCAAUUCCGAAUCCUGGCCGUGAACUCCGAGGGUGCAAGCGAGCCACUAGAGACAGAAGAAGUCUUUGCCGGGGAUCCUAUUGAUCCUCCAGGACAGGCUUCUCAACCUCAAGUAACCGAUGUGAGCAAAGAAGCUGUUACCAUUACCUGGAAUCCUCCAGCUAAAGAUGGUGGCUCCCCAGUAUUGGGGUAUAUUGUUGAAAGAAGGAAGAAAGGCAGCAACCUUUGGGUCCCAGUAUCCAAAGAACUAGUACAAGAUACUAAAUGCAAAGUGGAUGGCUUAUUGGAAGAUACAGAAUAUGAGUUCCGCGUCAUUCCUGUGAACCGAGCAGGUCCUGGACUUCCAAGCAGUGCUUCCAACUCGGUUGUGGCAAGGGAUCCCAUCAAACCUCCUGGACUGGUGAAGGGUUUGCAUGUAGCUGAUUCUUCCAACUCCAGCAUUUCUUUGGCAUGGCAGCAGCCAGACGAAGGUGACGCACCUUCAGGCUACAUACUGGAGAUGCGGGCUGAAGACACCAAGGACUGGUCCAAAUGCACCAAGAUCCCAAUUACUGGUACCAACUACACAGUGGGAGGACUGCAGGAGAGGCAGAAAUAUUUCUUCCGGAUCCGUGCUGUGAAUGAGGCUGGAGUGGGAGAACCAAUUGAAUUGAAAGAUGGAGUCCUGGCCAUGCCUCCUCCAGCUGCUCCGAAGUUCGACCUGAGUGCCAGGCUGAAGAACCACAUGGUUGUUCGGGCUGGGACAGCCCUCUGUAUCCAUGCCAGCUUUAAUGGGUCUCCUCCCCCAAAUGUGGUCUGGCAAAAGGAUGGCGUUCCCACAAGGGGGAGAGAGAGCAUCACUAAAGGCAAGAAUCACUCCCAGUUCCUCAUCCACAGCACCAAACGCAUGGAUUCUGGACUCUACCGUAUUGUGCUCAGCAAUGACUAUGGGGAAGCCCGCUACGACAUCCAUGUGCGAGUAACAGAUUUCCCAAGGCCACCUACCAACCUAAACGUGUUUGAGGAGGUGCCAAAUACAGUAACACUAAAAUGGGACCACUCUCCAGAUGUGAAGGAGGACAGUGGUGCCCAUUACGUCAUCCUGAAACGUGACACUAGCACUGCCACUUGGUUCACAGCAGCAGAGAAAGUCUACAGCAACAAAUACACAGUCACAGGCCUGCUUCCUGGCAGGAAAUACUUCUUCCGUGUCAUUGCCCGGAACGAUGUUGGUGAUAGUGACCCUCUAGAUUCAAAGGAUUCCUGGCAUAUAAGCAAAGACAAAGAACGUUUCAAUGCCAAUAUAAAGGAAUAUCAUGAACGAGACUGGCGCCAUGCCCCGCAUUUCAUCACCCCUUUGAAGAACCAUGUAGUACGCCGGGGCCUUGACUGUACCAUGAGCUGUGCAUUCUUGGGCAACCCCCGCCCUGUGGUUACAUUGUACAAAGGAAAUGUUAACAUUACAGCUAAUUCUAAAUUCUGGUACAAUUCGAGCAGCGGAGUCUGCACACUGAUGAUCCCCACUUGCACCCUCAAGGACAGUGGCGAGUACUCCAUAUUAAUUGAGAAUGAGCUUGGAAAUGACAAAUGUAGCUGCACAUUGACCGUAUAUGAUAAAGAUGAUAAACGCCUUCUGGAUUCAGUGACUGCCAGCCUGCAGAAGUCAAAACACCUCAUGUGAACAGCGUGAACAGAAAACACGUUAUAAAUUCAGCUCAGUGUUUGGAGUAAUUCAGAUUUUUUGUUUGCCUGUGCAUGGCUUAAGCAGCAAAUUAGAUGCAGGUGCAAAGUCCCAUUGCUUUAAAUUCUUUCCCGCAGACAGUAGUUUUGCUUCUACAGUUUUCAGAUGUCAGUAGUCAUAAUAAAUAAGAUUGCACACCACCCUUGGAGUGGGGGAAGACUAACCAUUGCAACUAUAUUUCAGUAAGAAUAUUUAGACAACUUUCCAAAACCAAAAAGCCAACAGCUGUGCACUGUAUCUAAACUGGUUUUCAUGAAAUUAUCAUCAGAGUAUCAACUUCCUUUGGAUAUUGAUUGUAUGUUCUUCUGGGUCAAGAACCAUUCGUAUUUUUAAAAUACUAUGGUUUGUUGCACUGGUAUACAACUGAAUUAAAUGUUUGUAUUGAGUA